GAAUGCUCGAUCUGCUUAGCAGCAGCUGACGUUCUCAGCACUGCGAGGCGAAAGCACGAACCUGCAGACAAGCAAUAGAGAAUCCGCUCAAUCCUGGAGCCUCCCAUCCCCCUUUCUGCAGACCAGCACUGCCUCACAGCACAACACAGACAGGCCUGCACUGUUUCUCAGCUCAGCAUUGAGACCUGCGAGCUGCGUUGUAUGCUGGUGCGAUUUUGAGACGCAAUCAACGAUUGCAAAUACUGCAAGUGAAGGAGUGAUGAUGAUGAUGAUGUGACUGUGCUAGCACCCACCGCCUCCGCCGCCACCAGCAUGGUUUUAUCCGAAAGGCGAUACGAUCCCUCCGCAUUCUCAGCCGGACUGUCCUCCUUCUUCUCUGGAGUAACAGUGAUGAUGGGGGUGUGUAUCUGAAAUACAUCCAGCGCAUGUGUGUGUGUGUGUGUGUUUUAAACAAUCCCUGCCGCGUGAGCACUCCCGCAGCAAGCAAUCACAGCGAGAGUAACGGACACAUAUACUCACACAGGAAACAACUGGGGGAAAUUAUUAAAAGCUGUGGAUAUUUAUAAGUCAUCAACGUGUGUAUUUCGCUUCCUCCCGGUUUCAUUCGCCACGAAGGAUUUGGACUCGAGUACCAUCUGAUUUCUACCUUGCCUGCAGACAUGGCGUCCCUCCAGGGCAGUGUCCACCAUGUCUCUGUCCGUUCGGCCGACGCGCCGGAUCACCUCGUCCUCCAUCAAUAGGAGCCAGUCGUUCGCUGGAGUGAACUCAUCAGACAAGCACUACAGGAAUCGGGCCGUGUUCAGCACCCCGACCAACUCCAGGAAGUCUCCCUCCAGGGCCAGCAGGAUGUUCACUCUCUCCCACAAGUCCCUGCCGCCCAAGGUGCCGCAGCCAGAGCGGCUGGACGAGGUCUACGAAGCGCUCAAGAGAGGCCUGCAAGCUUAUCUGCAGGUCCAUCAGCUUGAGCUGGACAGCCUGACCCGACAGAUGAGAGAGUCCAAGAGGAACUCCAGACUGGGCUUCCUGUAUGAUUUGGACAAGCAAGUGAAAGCCAUUGAGAGGUUCAUGCGACGGCUGGAGUUUCACCUGAGCAAGAUUGACGAGCUCUAUGAGGCCUACUGCAUGCACCGGAGACUGAGGGACGGAGCCAAUAAGAUGGUGAAGGCUUACACCGCGGGCUCGCCCGGCAGCAGAGAGGCGCGAGAGAGCCUGGCAGAGGCCAACAAGGGCUACAAGGAGUACACUGAGAAUAUGUGCAUGCUAGAGAGUGAGCUAGAGAACCAGCUGGGAGAGUUCCAGGUGAAGAUGAAAGGACUGGCUGGUUUUGCGAGGUUGUGUGCUGGGGACCAGUAUGAGAUCUUCAUGAAGUUCGGCCGGCAGCGCUGGAAGCUGAGGGGCCGGAUCGAGAUCAACGGGAAGCAGGUGUGGGACAGCGAGGAGAUGGUCUUCCUGCCCCUCAUCACAGAGUUCCUCUCCAUCAAGGUAACAGAGUUGAAGAGCCUGGCCAAUCACGUGGUAGUGGGGAACGUGUGCUGUGAGACGAAGGAUCUGUUUGCUGCCCUCCCCCAGACAGUAGCAGUGGAUAUCAACGACCUCGGCACAAUCAAACUCAGCCUGGAGGUGACGUGGAACCCGUUCGAUAAGGACGACCAGUCUUCAGCGGCCAGCACUGUCAAUAAGACCGCCACAGUGAACAAGAGGUUCUCCACCUACAACCAGAGCCCCCCGGACACACCUUCCCUGCGGGAGCAAGCUUUCUAUAACUCUCCCCAAGCCACUACAGAGCAGCACAGAUGGUCCUUAUUGGAUGUUUUCCGAGAGACAUUGGUUGAAAAGCUGUCUCGGAGUUGCUCAUGUGGCGAUGUCACAUCCAGCUGUCUCGGAGUUGCUUGUGAUACCAAGCUCUAUAACAUGCUACGCCGGCAGGAGGAGAUGGAGAACCCCGCUGCCUGGUCGAACUCCUCGGAGUCCUCGGACGACUCGUCCAGCCCACAGCUGCCCGUCAACCAGCGGCACGCCCAGAAGACCGUGGUCCAGCCCGAGAUCCAGGCUGCGGCCCCCAUCAUCGAGAUCUCCUUCGCCCCCAAGGAGGAGCCUGCGAGCGCCGGCGAUCCAGACAGCCAGGAGGAGGAGCCAUGCGAGGAGGACAGGGAAAAGAGCGAGGAGGUGGUGUCAAACGGGCAUGUGCGCUACUCGCGGUCUCUCAGCCACAUCAGCGAAGCCAGCGCGGACGCUGUCAUUGUAGAGAGCAUAUGCACGGAGACUAUUGCCAUGGAGGCUGUUGCGGAGGCUACUGUCUCUUUCGAUGCCAUGUCGGUGGAUGAUAUCGUCAUGGAGGUCCCUUCCACGCCUGAAAGGGUGGUGAAAACUCCAGACCUAAAAGAACAGCAAGAGGCCACGGACUCUCAAAGCAUAGUGAGCAGCAAGCCCAAAGACAGUGGGGAUGUGACUAGGAACUCACUUGUGGUGGUAGCCCAACUGCCGGAAACCCAGUCCACAGACCAGUGUUCUUCCCCAGCCCUCACAGAGGCGGGUGUUGUGACGGAGGGUUUCCCUGCGCUCCCCAGGACUGAACAGCGGCAGAGCCAGCAGGGGGCCUCGGAGGUUGAGAGGCCAGCACAGGAGGCUCCGAGGCAAGGCCAGGCUGAGGACACUCGGGCAGCGCCUAGUGAGAAAGCCAAGCCUGUGGACAGUGGCGUCGAGGAGGCCCUGAACACACUGAUUUCCACGCUGGAUGACUACAGAGGCCAGUUCCCUGAGCUCCAGCUGCUGGAGCAGGAGACGAGACACCUGGAAGAGAUCCUCAUGCAGAGGCAGGGCCUGUGUCGGAGCCGGGCCUCCAGUAUCAGCCUGACGGUGGAGCACGCGCUCGAGAGCUUCGACUUCCUCAACACCCACGACCUGGAGGACAGCGUGUCGGGGAGCUCCGACGAGGAGAGGGAGAGAGAGGAGGAGGAGGAGGGGGCGAGCAGGCCAGACAGCUUGCAGCAGGGCAGCAGCGUGCCGGGGGAGGUGCUGUCAGAGGAGAUUGUGCUCCUCGGGGACUCUGACAUGUCUCCGGACUAUAUGAGCACAGGCAGCGAGCACCUGGACCGGGCCCUGGUGGUGCACCUGGACAACUGCAGCCACCUGCUGCUGCAACUGGGUACGUUCGGGCCGCUGCGGUGCCGGGAGAUGUAUGCUCUGGACAAGCUGCUGAGGGAGGCCCGAGUCCUGGGGCUGGUGUGCAAAGUGAGCGAGGAGAAGAGCGGGGUCGUGAACUCUGCUGAGGAGGUAUUGCCGUUCCUGGAAUCCAGACCCAAAGCCCUGGCGUUCUGGAGCCAGUGCACAGAGUCUCUGAACGUGUACACCACGACCGCAGAGAGGUUCCUGCAGAGCCUGCACUCAGUCUUCAGCGCCAGACUCCACGACCAGCACGCCAGCAGAGCUGACACAGUGUUUGUGAAGCUAGCUGAGCGAGUGCUGGAGAAGAGGCUGCCUAAGCGAGGCCGCAGCGGGAGGCAGGAGCUGAUCACCCUCUUCCAGUACUGGAGCCACCUGGAGGAGGAGGGCGUGUCUGCGCUGGACACCUACAUCACUGAGCUGGCUGAGGAAGUGUCCCUGAUUCAGAGCCUGCAGUCUGGAGACCAGGACACUGUGCUCAAGACACUGAAGCGAGUGCCGGAGACCCAGCUGCAGAAGGAGGGUCUGCGAGCGCUCAGCCUCCUGCUGCUUGACAAGAGGAUCAAGGUCAGCAAUGCUGCCUCCGCACUGCUGCGGAGCCUGGCAGACAGCCCCAGAUCCAGGGAGAGGGCUCUGGUGUCCUGCUUGGAACUACUUGAAGAUGAGAGUGUGGAGACCCGAGUAGCAGGCUGCAAGGCUCUCUCGUGUCUUAAGGCCAAAGAGAGCAUAGACCAACUAGUGUACCUGUGCCAGACGGACAAGGAUGAUGUGAGAGAGGCAGCAAAGCAGGCCCUGCUGUCCUUCGGUGAAGAGGGGAAGCUCGCUCAACGCCAUGCGGAGGACUCUCAGGACGGCUUGCCCAGGCUCUUUGCCCCCGGCAGCAUGGCCAGCACAGCGUUCUAGCGGAGCGAGCCUCACAGAGGAACCCAUCCUUCCAUUUGUAAGGACAGAGCGGAGCAGAUUGGACGGGACUCGCUGCCUGACUGAGGGGGCAGAGAAAGCAGCACGAGUCAGACACACAGAGAGAGAGAAAGCAAGCCAGUAUUACUGCCUUAUAUUGCAGUCCAGCUUCAUCUUCCAAAGCAAGGGGACAGUUUUUUUUUUUAGCGCUUGACUGAUCAUCACAAGCCUGUGCUUUAUGACACACAAAGAUUAUGAGCCAAUGAGGGCUACAGAGAGGGUUUGGGGGGAGGGGCUAAAUGUUACAUGGACUUUUCUGCUAGAAAUGCACUUUGAACUUUGAUCUACUUAGGACCAGGACUGCUGGCUUCUGAGCAUGGAGCAUCGCAGCAGGUGUGUGUGUGUGUGUGUGCGUGUGCGUGCGGACGGACAGCCACACUGACGAAACACUUAAAGAGAUGCUUCAACCGGGGGGAGCAUUUCUCAAACUUGGGUGAAAUCCUUAAAACAUUUAUCUUUUAUUUACAAAGGGGGGCAGGCAGUACCGGCAGUAUCUAAUUCAUGCAAUUCAAUUGUACAGUGAUCCCCCUGCAUUCAUUUGAAAACACUGCUGUUACACUUAUCUAUAAUCUCCGAUCCAACUAACACACUAUAUAUUCUCACCAGUGCUUUUCCAAACCUUAUUCUGCUAUCCUAAUUUGAAAAUGUUAUGAGACGACAAAGUUGGGUGGGGUGCACAUAGGGAAUCCAAAUCAUUUGGGGUACAGAACUUUUCAUGUUGUUGCUAGAACAUCUGUCAGAAUUCUAGAAUGGCACUGUAUCAAGAGCACGUUCCCAUCGAGGCAAUGUGAGGAUAAUGAACGUCAGCCUCAGACCAACCAGCUGAGGAACAGGAAAGGGUGCAGCUCGCUGGUCCAGCCCUCUCCAUGAUUCCUAAUAAAGAAUGGAUCGCUUCCCAGUUUGAGAAUGAGUCGCUUCCCGUUUGCAGGGAGUGCCCUUAGUUACAGGAUAUUAACCAGGUUGGGAAUGGGACCUGACAGCAUUAUAUUUUUGAACCAGUGUUGCAAAUGCCGUUGGAAUGCUCUUCAUUCAUUUCUUGUGUCUGUUCCACUGUUGGACUGUAGUUAAGUGAUGGAAGCCACUUCUAUCCAAGUGCCUCAUAUUACAAUCUAGAACGUUUUAUUAUAAAGAUAAAAUAAAAGAAUUAUACAUUUUAUUUAAAAUAAGAAAGACUUAAGCUGCAGAGGCUUCAGAAGAAGACUGUGUUGUUUUAUUUUCCAGUUAUUUACAGAUUGUGCAGGAUUAAAGAAAGAUGUAAUAAUUUCACUUGUGACUUUUAAUUUUUGUUUUUCUAUAAGAUAUAUAUUGUAUGUAAAAGGUCUUGCUCAAACCGGAAUAUAAACUAAAUAAUAAAAAACAGAGGAUUUGACCAUUUAAA